AUGGCUACCAUCUUAGCCAGCUACAAGAUACCACAGAAUAUAAAACCUUCUUGGGUGAGAGGUGAUGGCUUUAUCCAGGACUUCUGGGAGCAGGCCUUUGACUGCUCCUUUAAAAGUGCUGAUGAACUUGAGGAAAGCGAGAAACUGUGUACUGGAGAGGAGAAGCUGGAGAACCUUCCUGGGACUUUGUUUGAAAUGAGCAUGACGGGCCAGAGUUACAACAUCUACAAUGCUGUCCACGCUGUGGCACAUUCUUUGCAUGCCAUUUACAGAUUGAGAGCCAAAUCCAGAACUCUGGUAGAAGGAGAGAGGGUAGAAUUUCAGAAUGUGCAGCCCUGGCAGCUCCAUCACUUUCUAAGGACAAUCUUGUUCAAUAACAGUGCUGGAGACGUGGUACAUUUUGAUGAGCAUGGAGAAUUGAUUGCAGGUUUUGAUGUCACAAACUGGGUAACAUUCCCAAAUGGAUCUUUUGCGAGAGUAAAAGUGGGAAGGCUGGAUCCUCUGGCUCCUCCAGGCAAAGAGUUAACCCUGAAUGAUGAUCAGAUUGUGUGGCACAGAAGCUUUAACCAAGUGCUGCCCCUUUCUAUGUGCAGUGACCACUGCCAACCUGGCUACACCAAGAAGAAAAAGGAGGGCGAGGCAUUUUGCUGUUACGAUUGUGUUCCGUGUCCAGAAGGGAUGGUCUCAUAUCAGAAAGACGUGGAUGCAUGUGUCACAUGUCAAGAAGACAGCUAUCCUAGCAAACCUCAAAAUGAAUGCAUUCCCAGAGAUAUAACCUACCUCUCCUACAAAGAACAUUUGGGCAUCAUCUUAUCUUUGCUGGCUAUUACUUUGUCAAUAAUCACAGCCUUGGUAUCUGGAAUAUUUGUGAAGCACCGGGAUACACCCAUCAUCAAAGCCAACAACCGGAGCCUCACCUACCUUCUCCUCAUCUCCCUCCUGCUUUGCUUCCUCUGCUCCUUGCUGUUCAUUGGGCAGCCUGCAAAAGUGACCUGCCUACUCCGACAAACAGCUUUUGGCAUCGUCUUCUCCAUAGCUCUUGCCAGCAUAUUGGCUAAAACCAUCACUGUGGUUCUGGCAUUUGUGGCUACCAAACCAGGAUCCAGGGCAAUGAAAUGGGUGGGGAAAAGAAAGGCAAAUUCUAUUGUCCUGUUCUGUUCCUUGAUUCAAACCGUUAUCUGUGUCUUCUGGUUAAGUACUUCUCCUCCUUUCCCUGAUAAAGACAUACAUUCCCUGAAUACAAAAAUCAUACUGAAAUGUAAUGAGGGCUCGACCGCUUUUCUUUACUGCGUCUUGGGCUACAUGGGCUUCCUGGCCAUCGCCAACUACACUGUCGCUUUCCUGGCCAAGAAGUUACCCGACAGUUUCAAUGAAGCCAAGUUUAUCACUUUCAGCAUGUUGGUCUUUUGCAGUGUUUGGCUGACUUUUGUUCCAACCUACCUGAGCACCAAAGGGAAAGACAUGGUGGCCGUGGAGAUCUUCUCCAUCUUAGCCUCUGGGGCUGGUUUGCUGGGCUGCAUUUUUUCACCAAAAUGCUACAUAAUUUUGUUGAGGCCUGAGCUGAACAACAAGGAACAGUUAAUAAGGAGGAAAAAAUGA